AAAAUUCUACCAUACAUGUACCUGUUCUUUAGAAUUUACAUUGUAUAUGCCCUAGGUAAUUAUAUAAUAAGGUGGGAAAAAAUAUAAACGCUCAAAACAAACUCUAUAGACAUUCAUGGUUUUCUUCUAGCUACGAACGUCGAUCCUACUAUCCAUAUCCCAUUCUUUAGACAAAGUUUCUGUCUCUAAACCUAACAGCCUACGGCUAAAUCGCCAUACUGCAUGCAAUCGUAAAGGAUCUAGUUUCAGAUACACAAACCUUUGAUUUACAUACUUACAAGUUACAAUGGGAAAUGCUUACAGCAGCCGCAAUUCCAACCUUGGCAUCAAUUGUCCUUGUUUUAUAUCGGCUCCCACCGGUACCAGGGCACUAUGGGUAAACUCCCUUGAGGUUUCCAUGAGCAAUUGGAAAGACGACCAAACAGAAACUUGGGGUGUACGUUACAAAGUAGGUAAGAAAUUAGAGCAUGGUUGUUGUUUUCAACUGGAAGCGAGACACGACAACAAUGGUGUUGAGAGUAUAUAUUUUGGAUUAAGGGACGACGAUGCAGAUAUCACAUCUGCUUUUACUUUGGAUAUCAAAAGGGUUGGGAGUGAUUAUCUUCAUGGAGGGAUAGAGGGUAUUGCAAAUUCGGGGGUAUACAAAUCUUGUAUAAGUGUUAAACAAGAUUACAUUAUAGAGACCACUAUUGUUUCAUAUGAUAAUUCAUACACUGACAAUUUUUUUGUUCUACAAAUGAAGAAAAAGAAAAACCAUGCCAAUGCUUACAUGGUGACUAUGGCACACUAUUAUGUUACCAACUUUGCUGGUCUUUCUUCUGCAGCAAAAAUAUACCGUAGUAGAGGAAAAGGUUUUAUUGUUGAAGUGAAGGGUCCUUACAAACAUCCAAGUGAUGAUAUACGUGCAGUUAUAGCUGAAACUAUUCGUACUGGUAUAUGGUCUCCUGGAGCAAAGUCUAAUCAUACAAAAAAAGAAGAUAAUAGUUCAUCCUUGAAGAGCAAUGAGAUCAUAGCUCAAUUUGUUAAAUAUGCUUCCAACAAAGGUCUUAUCAAUUCCAAUGGAGUCACGAAAGGUUCCCUAAAUAAUUCUAUCUUUUUAGGUUGUAAUUUUGAUAAAUGGAAAUGAUAGAUUUUUAGCAAGUGUACUAAAAAUGCAUCGAAAUAAUAAAAUAAGUUCGUAUCCA